AUUCAUUUCACUGCAAUUAUUCUAUAGCCAUGGCCGCUUCUCACACACAGCAAAUCAUGCUUCCGGGUUUUAACCUCCCGCUAAACCACACGCGCCAGGGGAAAUACUCUUGGGACAGAACUACUCUUCCCAACGCACUGGAUCCCCAAGAUAUCUAUCAUGGCUACAUUGGGAACCUUCUCGUUCACCGGGAGAUCAUCAUGCUGCAGAUCAUGAACACCAUCUCAGAAAAACCCGACUGGGAUCGCAAGGUAUUCGAUGAUGAAAUUACUGCGAAAUGGCGCAAGGAAAUCUCCGAAUCGGGCCAAGACGUGACCCCCGCCAUGAUCGAUUGGAUCCUUGUUGAGAUGAGAUGGAAAGCGAAGGCAUUGAAGCAAGAGGGGACAUUCACUGUGUUCGAUCAUGUCGGGGUCGUGCGCUCAGACACGGCGAUUCCCCAAGACCUUCAGAAGGCGCUGCGAGACGCCGUCGCUCCGUUAGAGAACAUCCCCGUCGAAGCCAAGGACUACCACCCAGGCUCAGACGACAAGGUGCUCGAUCUGGUCCAUCCCUCGCUUUUCCCUCUCGUCUAUGGUCGCACGCGCAUUUUGCCCGAUCGUACAAUGACCGUCGACGACUGCCUCGAACAUCAGGGCCAAGGAGAAGUGCUACCAGCGCCCACCGACGAAGAAUCACAGGGACAUGGCCGCGAGCCGUUCUGGCGGUGGCGGGCCUCCAACUACAAGGUCUUCAGCCAAAAGUUCCAAUGGCUUCCGUGCGACGUGCAAUUUGCCCCGGAUGGUGGAUGUCGCAUCGCAUCGUACAUCAACAAUCUGCAUCCGGUCCAUCACCGAGACCUGUACGGGGUCGUUGAGAAGAUGAUCUCGCAUGCAAUUCCGCAGUGGGACAAGAGCUUGACGAGAACCCGCCAAUUCAACAAUACCCGCAUCCUCUAUGACCGAGUGGAAUAUCUGGACCGUUCGACUCCGGAGCCUGAGUGGGAUGAACAUGGGCAUGAGGAUAACGAUGACUAUGACGACGAGUACGAGGAGCGCCGCAGUGAGUGGUGGCGCACGAGACCCAUCAAGCUGCCUGAGCCCCUUUCCAGGUUCUCGCCACCCCAGGUCUCCUAUGAGGGUGCCAUGAAUCUCCGCGAGAAGUUCGGCGAGACCGGCUUACAGGUCAUCGUCAAGCUGGCCAACAUUGAACUGAGCCCCGAGAAGCCCACAUAUGAGGGGGGUUCCUGGCAUAUUGAAGGUCAGCUAAACGAACGCAUCUGUGCAACGGCGAUUUACUACUAUGAUAGCGAGAACAUCACCGAAAGUCGCCUGGCUUUCCGCCACCGCGCCGAAUCGAUCGACGACACGCACUACGAGCAAGAUCAGCAUGAAUUCAUCCAUGCGGUGUACGGGUUCGGCCCGGACGUGGAUGGUCACAACGAUGGCCACUUCACACAGGACCUGGGCAGCGUGUUGUGCAACGAGGGCCGCCUGCUCACCUUCCCCAAUACCGUGCAGCACCGCGUGGCUCCCUUCGCGCUGGCCGAUCCGACGAAGUCCGGUCAUCGCAAAAUCCUCGCUCUGUUUCUGAUUGACCCCAACCGUCGAAUCAUCUCCACCGCCAAUGUUCCCCCGCAGCAGGCUGAGUGGGCUGACGGCGAGGAUUCGUUGUCCGGAAAGCUGAUGACCCUGGAGGAGGCCAAGGAGUAUCGGUUGGAACUGAUGAAAGAGAGAAGCGUCCUACAGGAUACGCAAAACCAGGCAUUUGAGGUGGGCUCGUUCUCCUUGUGCGAGCACUAGGACUGGG